AUGGAAUUGCUUUACUCAAACGAAGUACUCUUCCUCAUUCAACUACAGUCCGAUCAUCAUCGAGAGAGAACGAACUAUGCAACUCAAUGGAACAUUGUUUUGUUUACAUAUUCUCCUCAUUCAUCCCAACAUCGUCCGCCCUCAUCAUCACGUCCAUCUUCAGGUGAACAGCGUCGGCCUCGUUCCGAUCAUUUACUAUCUACAUUAUCAUCACGUAAUCGUUCGAAACAUCGUUCGCAUUCUAAUGAUUCUCGUCGAAGUGGAAGUGAAACUCGUUAUCGGUCGACCAGUAUCACAAAACAAUCACCAACACCUGCAGAUCGUUGUGGUCGGUUUAAUUCAACGGCUUAUAUUCGUGAGCGAAAUCUCAGACUACCACAAAUUGAAAUCCAAAAAAGUCCUCGACGAAGACGAAGUGCUGAUCCUCGUGGUUCAGAGUCUGAUAUGAAUUUUUCUGCUCGUAAUGGAAGUAAAGCAGGAUCCAUUACUAUUUUACGAUUAAAUGAUAGUGAUGAUGGUCUUCGUACAUCAGGUUCUCGACGAAGUUCAAAUCGAAAAUCAACAAGUGCAUAUAAAACAAACGAUUCAACUGACUCUGAUAUGGAAGGUGUGUCUUCACCACCACUUGAUGUUCUACGAAAAACAACAUCCAAUCAUGUUACAAGUUUUGUUCCAUACAAAUCUCAUUCCUCAUCAUCGUCAAUAUCCACAAAAUGUUGA